UUCGAUAAUUUCAAUCAUUUCAUGGUUUUGUUUCGAAUUGCGAAAUAUUAACAAAAAAGAUCACAAGAAGAUAAUGUCGAAGGAUACGAAACAAGAAGAUAAUGCUCCAACACCUGUAACAACGACACCAAUGGCAUUAAAUCCAAAAACCGUUGAGAAGACGAUGUUUGUCAAUAAAGAAGUCUUGCCGAAAAUGAAGAAAAUUGAUCCAGAAGAGCCAGGACAUUUGCCGUUGAACGAGAAAUUUAUGAAGAGAUGGUUGAUUGAGGGAUUGAUUGGAAAAGGUGGAUAUGGGGAGAUAUAUUUGGCACUGGAUGUUGUUCGAGGAGAGGAGGUGGCAAUUAAAGUGGAACCGAAGAAGAGAAGAGGAAAACUGGCGAAGAGAAUGAUUCUGGAGCAACAUGUUUUGGCUAAAAUGCAAGGAAAACCACAUGUUCCGAUGAUUUAUGGAUCUGGGCAUGCGGAGAAGUACAACUUUAUCAUUAUGCAAAUCUUGAGUAUCAACGUUGGAGAUAUCAAGAAAAGCAGUCCGAACAAGAAGUUGAGUCAAUGUUCAGUUGGACGAAUCAUCCAUCAGGUUAUCGCUGCUCUUCAGGAUCUUCACGAAACAGGAUAUGUUCACAGAGAUGUGAAGCCAGCAAACAUGUGCUUUGGAAUUUUUCCUCAUAGUCGUCAUACAUUGAUUCUUCUUGAUUUCGGACUUGUACGAAGAUAUAAAAUGGAAAGUGGAGAAUGGAGAGAGCCCAGACUUCGCGCAGGAUUUCGUGGAACGACUCGCUAUGUCUCUAUCAGAGUUCACCGCCGUUGCGAGCAAUCACCGUAUGAUGAUCUUGUGUCAGUUAUGUACACUGCUUACGAACUUCUUGCUGGUGAACUCCCAUGGAAACAUCUUGAAAAAUCAGAAGAAGUUGUACAGCUGAAGGAGGUUAUGACUGAAAAUGGAAUCAAUCCAGAGCUGUUCCAAGGAGACAAAAGUGUUCUUAUCGACUUCUUCAAGCAGGUUUCUGAAAUGGAUCCAAUGAAAGAACCUUGCUACGAGAAACUGAUUGAAUGCAUCAAAGUUCUCUACGCUCCGAAAGUCUUGACUGAUCCAUAUGAAUGGGAAGAAAGCAGCAAAGGACAAGAUGAAGUUUCAGAAGAGAACACAAACAGCAAAUGAUUCUUACCCUGACAUCAUCGUUUGAUCAACUGUAUAGAGAUUAUUGUUCCAGAAGUUUGCCGGUUCUGCAAAUAAAUGUUUUU